UUGUCAUAUCUUUCUUUCUUUCUUUGUUAGUUAGCUGAAGAUGAUAUCUUUGUUUAGGUAUACCUAGAUUAUUGAAUUAGCUUGUGAUUCACUUUCCAUGAAAGUGGGGAGGAGAAAUGCAGUAACUUGAAAUAAAGAAUAAAAUUGCGUAUUCUUCUUCUUCUUCUUCCAAGGGAUGGGCUUCGAAUGAAUGGAAGUGGCUGUGAUUCUGACUGCUGGCAUAGCAGCAGCGACAAACGGACGCCAUUCUUGUCUCUAAAUUUGGGAUUUUACUAUAUUUAUAUUCCUGCUGCAUAGAACCCAACGUUUUUAUUAUGGCCUCAUCCGUGCCUUUUCUACACUAUUCUUCUCCCAGAUUGAACCUCAGGAUUAACGAUCAAUUACCCUCAUCCUCUCAUCCCUCAUCUUCAUCACUCACCUUCUCCUCCCCUUCAUCAAAUUCUCCUUCAUCUUCAUCGGCUAACAGAGAAAAGAAUUCCAGGUGGAGCUUCAACAUCUUCAAUUUUGCUGGGUUUAACAAUAUCUUGAAAUCUCAACCUCUCAGAGCUGAAGCUAUGAGUUCCACUCAAGCAAUUGUUUCAUCACCACGGGGCAUUGUUGAUAUCAAAGAUGAACCUGAUCAUCUUCUUGUCCUUGUUCAUGGUAUAUUGGCCAGUCCAAGUGACUGGAUUUAUUUUGAAGCAGAAUUGAAGAGGCGUCUUGGAAAAAGAUUUUUGAUAUAUGCAAGUUCAUCAAACACAUUCACAAAAACUUUUACAGGCAUUGAUGGAGCUGGAAAACGACUAGCAAAUGAAGUUAUGGAAGUAGUGAAAAAGAAGGGGAGCUUAAAAAGAAUAUCAUUUUUGGCUCAUUCUCUUGGCGGAUUGUUUGCAAGAUAUGCCAUUGGUGUGCUUUACUCACCAAGCACCACCAGUAGCACGGAUACUGAACCAGAUUUGGAGGGGGCACUUCCAUCCAGAAAAGGUAUGAUUGCUGGAUUGGAGCCGAUCAAUUUUAUUACCUUGGCAACUCCUCAUCUAGGGGUGAGGGGGAAGAAGCAGCUUCCAUUUCUUCUUGGAGUACCUAUCCUAGAGAAGCUGGCUCCAUUAAUAGCUUCCUUCAUUGUUGGCCGGACUGGUAGUCAACUGUAUCUAACCGAUGGUAAACCUGACAAACCACCUCUACUGUUGAGGAUGACUUCUGAUAGUGAGGAUGGAGACUUUAUAUCUGCUCUUGCCUCAUUCAGAAGCCGUGUUCUUUAUGCUAACGUUUCAUAUGAUCAUAUGGUUGGGUGGAGGACAUCCUCUGUAAGGAGGGAAACAGAGCUUGUUAAACCUCCACUUCGAUCUUUGGAUGGUUACAAGCACGUUGUAGAUGUUGAAUACUGUCCCCCAAUUCCUUCAGAAGGCCCUCAAUUUUCUCCUGAAGCAGUUAAGGCGAAAGCAGCGGCACAAAAGACACCAACUGUGGAGGAGAAUACAGUUGAAUACCAUGACAUCAUGGAAGAGGAAAUGAUACAUGGACUACAACAAUUAGGAUGGAAGAAGGUUGAUAUAAGCUUUCACUCAUCGUUCUGGCCCUUCUUUGCUCAUAACAACAUCCAUGUGAAAAAUGAAUGGCUUCACAAUGCCGGAGCAGGAGUGGUUGCGCAUGUAGCCGAUGGAAUUAAGCAGCAAGAAAAAAAACAGGAUUCUUCUUCUUCUCCACUAAUCACAGCAAACUUAUAGCAUCUUCUUUAGUUUCUGUAAUAUGUUGAACUGUAACUUUGCAACUUCUGCUUCAACCACCAUAUCUACCCUCCAAAGUGAUGUCAUAGUGAUUUUAAAAAUGAAAUUAAUAGUUCUAAACUCAA